UUCAGUUAGGAAGGAAAUGGCGUCUUACAGGUGGAGUUCGUUGCGUCAAAUUUCACAAAUCAUGACUGAAUUCUAAUUUUGAUUAUGUUUUCAUUUUAAAUUCAAAGAUAAUCCCAUUGUGUUGGGUCUCAUCAUUGUGCAAAAUCAAGUGCUUACAAUGAAUGAAGUGAGUGGCGGAAAACAGGAAAUUGCAAGUACCUCUGCUUGGGAAGCAUUAGCUUCACAAUCCGUGUCGUCAUUACCGGCGAUGCAUCAUCAUCAUCCUCUUCAUCAUCAUCAUCGUCAUCAACCUACGCAGCAAGAUUCAAAUUCACCUGUUCAACAAGUUAUAGUUCCUACACCAGUUAAAUUACAAGCUCCUAUUCUUUCACCACCACAAAAUGUUGAACAUUGUUCUGUUCUCACUCAAAUGCAACAGCAACCACCUCUUGUUGCACAGUCACCAAUGCCAAAUGCUUUUGUUGAACCUGAACUUUCUAUUGAACUUCAACAACAAGGAUGGAAAAAAUUUUGGAGCAAGCGAGAAAAUCGGCCUUAUUUUUGGAAUAAGUUGACUGGUGAAUCUUUAUGGGUGUUACCAUCGCUAAAGCCACAGUUUGAUCCAAUUACGGAUCCAUUGGGAAUUUGUGGAGUUCCAUCGGUGCCAUCUGUACCGGGAAAUGGACAAAUUACACCCGGUACACCAGGUGGUCCACUUAAACGUCGUGCCUCAGAAGAUGGGAAUACGAUACAAGCUGUUAAAAAAUUUGUUUUGGCUGGUCCGUGGGAUUUGGAAAUACCAACAAAUGUAAUUAUUUACGAAAGAGGACCGUCAAAUUUAGCACACGUACAUCCUGAUGCAGAAGCAUUACGUUGUAGUCUUCUUGCAAAAUUACGACAAUGUUAUCAGGAACUUUGUUUUCAUCGUGAAUCAAUAGAUGCACCAAAAGAUUCAUUUAAUCGUUGGCUAAUGGAAAGAAAAGUCAUUGAUUGCGGUUCGGAUCCACUUUUACCAAGUCAAUGUUUUCCCGAAAUAUCAAUGUCAAUGUAUCGUGAAAUAAUGAACGAUAUACCAAUAAAAUUGGUACGUCCCAAAUUCACCGGUGACGCCAGAAAACAAUUGUCCCGUUAUGCUGAGGCGGCUAAAAAAAUGAUUGAAUCAAGAGCCGCAUCUUCUGAGAGUCGUAAAGUAGUGAAAUGGAAUGCCGAGGAUACUUUUCAAUGGCUCAGGAGGACAGUUGGCGCAACAUUUGAUGAUUUUCAAGAUAGACUGGCGCAUUUGAAGCGACAGUGUCAGCCGCACUUGACAGAAACUGUGAAAGCAAGUGUCGAGGGAAUUUGUCUCAAGAUUUAUCAUUUAUCAACGGAGUAUGCGAAAAAAGUGAAAGAUAAAAAUACUCAAAUUUUGAAAGACAGUGGCCUUGGUGAUGUGAUUCCUCUAGGUGGUCCAGCGACAACACAACGAAAAGUUUGGUGUUAUCCAGUGCAAUUUUCUCUUCCCGCACCACGUUUAUCACAAAUUGAUUAUCUUCCUGAACGUGAACAGACAAUGUUACGCUUCCAUGGCGAUACUGUUUGUAUCAAUAAUAUGCAUCUUACAAAAUUGGAACACUUAUACAGGUACAAUUGUUUCGAUGAUAAAAAAUUUGAAAUGUUUCUACCACGCGUUUGGUCAAUGUUAAAACGCUAUCAAACAUAUCUUGGUAUCAAUGAAGGACACGCAACACAAAUGGCAUUGCCGGUCACUGUUUUUGAAUGUCUACAACGUUCAUUUGGCGUGACAUUUGAAUGUUUCGCCUCGCCACUCAAUUGUUAUUUUAGACAAUAUUGUUCCGCGUUCGCUGACACUGAUUCAUAUUUUGGUUCUCGUGGUCCAUUCCUCGAUUUUAGACCCGUUAGCGGAUCUUUUCAAGCGAAUCCACCAUAUUGCGAGGAACUCAUGGAAGCAAUGGUGAAUCAUUUUGAGAGGCUUUUAUCCGACUCGGCGGAACCACUUUCGUUUGUUGUGUUUUUACCUGAAUGGCGUGAUCCAGCGCCAAAUGCACUUCUCAAACUCGAGAGCAGUCAUUUUAAACGUAAACAAGUUGUUGUCCCCGCCAUGGAACACGAGUAUCGACAUGGAUUUCAACACAUUUUGCCAAAGGGAGAGGUGAAUAUUCGCGCAACACACGGAACUUUAGUGGUUUGGCUACAAAAUACAGCGGGCGUUGCAAGAUGGGGACCAACUGAGGAACGCGUUGAGGCCUUACUCGAAGCAUGGCGACCUGGACGUGAACGUGAACGUGAUCGUCAGGAAUUACUGUCACCACCAAGGCAAACACAUCAACCAAUGCCUUCGACGCCAAUUACAGUACCAACGACACCAAUGACACCUACAACACCUACAAUUCCACCAUUAAAUCAACCACUCACACAAUCAUUAUCACAACCAUUGAUUCCAUCACUCAAUCAAACAAUUACACAGCCACUCAAUCAAAAUGUCACUCAACCAUUAAAUCAAACGAUGACACAACCUUUACAUCAAAUAAUGCCAACGCAACAAUUACAUCAAACAAUGACAACGCAACCAUUACAUCAAACAAUGACAACACAACCAUUACAUCCAAUCACUCAAUCGUUACAUCAAACUCAACCACUACAUCAAAAUAUAAAUCAACCCAUAAAUCAAUCCUUGUCACAAUCACAACCACUUACACAAACAUUGACACCAUUAACAACAACGACGCUCUCAACUCAUCCAAUUUGAGAACAAAAAAACAUUUUUUUCUUGUGCGAUGGAAAAAUCAGGUUUGAGAAUUUUAUUUCCAUUUAUUAAGGCUGUGUGUGAUUUUCGUUAUAUUUGGUGUCAAUGAUAAAGGAUUUUCUCAAACAAAUUUAAAAUUAACAUAAAAAUUUUCUUUUCAUCCUGAUUCUUUUGGAACUCAAAAAUUAUAUUCGAAAAAUUACUGAUUGUACAAUUUAACGAAUUUAACUGAAACUGUAAUUAAACUUUUUUUCUAACUGUAGUUUUUUUUCUCCUUUUUUUGAGAAUAUUUUUCAUCAUUUGACACCAAUCGUAGUCGUGGACCUUAAUGAGAAAAAAAAGUAUAUUUUAAUCCUGAAAAAAUACUUUAGCAGAGGUUUUGUAAUCUUUAAUAUAAAAACAGUUUCUUUUUCAAAUAUAAAUAGGUCGCAUGAAUUUCCAAUAAAAAUCAUUAAUUAGAAAUUUUAUUAGAAAUAAUUAUUUUUUAGAUGAGUUUUCGAAUUAAAAUUUAACAGAUUUUCUUUUUAUACGAAUUUUUACAUAUAACAAAACUUUUAGCUACCGAAUGUUUGUUUGACAGAGUUUUUUUAUUUUACAGUCAUUUUCUUUAGUUUAAAAUAAAAAUUCAAAUUUAUGAUUUUUAUGGGAUAAUCAUAUAAAUUAUUUAGAAUUAAGAAGGAUAGUUUGCAAUUUUAUUUUGCAAAAGAAAAACAAAACCGCCUCAUAGAAUUGCACUGUAAAUUAAUUUACUUUCAUAGAAAAUACAAUUUUUUAUGAUAAUUAAUUUCACAGGAACUAUAAAUUUAAAAUUUCCCUUUGAACAUUAAUUGAUUGCUUUAAAAAAAUUUUUUUUCUAAAAUUACAAAUAAACAUGAAUUUUGUGUCUAUUCUAUUUUGUAAUUUAACGAAUUGUGAAUUAUUUUUAUUAACUUUUCUCGAAAGAUUUUUCUAUAUUCUGCUAAAGUAUUAAUCAACAAUUUAAAUCGUCAAUAAUUGACUGUGGACUUUUCAUCACAGAGACAAUUAUCUGCAAAAAUAAAAGAAAUUUCAAAUUCUUUUUUUGUUUAUUAAUAUCAGCGAAAAUAAUGCCAGUUAUUGUAAAUUAAUUUAUGGAAAAUAAUUCAUAACUUGACAUUAUCAUUGAAAAUUAUAUUUAAACCCCUAAAAAAUUGGUAAAAAAGAAUUAUGCAAUGGAGAGUUUAAAAAAAAGUGAUUAGCAAUAUAAAAAAAAAUUUAAUUUAAUUAAUCGAUCUCGAUUUUUAAAUAUACAUAAAAUCAAUUAUAUUUAUUUAUAAAAGUUAAUUUUUAUUUUUAAAAAAAUUUAUUUAAAAAAAUUCUCGUUUAUGAAAAUGAUGUAAAAAAAAAAAAUUUAUAAAUACGAUGUAAAGUUGUAUGUCAAUUUUAUAAAUACGAUUUUUCAACGCUUGUUAAUAUUAUGCAGUUAGAGAUUAAAAAAGAAAAAAAAAAGAAUCUAGAAAAGUUCACUUCAAAUUUGACAUCGACACUGAAGACAUUAUAUUGUAAUUAGAGAUUUAUUAUUAUUGUCUUCUGAGUGUUAAAAAAAUAGUGUGAACAGUGCAUAUCACACAAAAUUCAUAAUUGAAAUGAUUUCAUUAGAUUCAGCACAAAAAUAUUAACAUUAAGUUUCAGAAUAUAAAUAUUUUAUGUAAAUAUAUUUGAUUAAUUCACAGCAAAUUUCAUAUUCUACAAAAGUAGAUUUCGCCUCAUUAAAUAAACAAAAAAAAAAAAUAAAAUAAAAUAUUUGCACUUUUGCUGAGUGCUAAAAAUUAUUAUAAAAUCUAGUUCCACGGUAUAUAGAUUUUGUACAAUUACAAAUUUUUAAUAGUAAUUCAUUGUAAAUAAAAAUUGCGGUACAUAUAAAUAUAUACAUAAAUAUAUAAAUAUAUUAUAUAUAUAUAUAAGAAUAUAUGCCUAAAAAUAUUUAUGCUUAUUUGAUAGUUAAUAAGACAAUACGUAAAAAAAAUAUGUAAAACUUCGAAUGAAACAUUAGAUGUUUUAUGCGAAAAAAAACAGAGAGAGAGUAAAUAGCGUCAGAGAUUUUUUAUAUAAAAUCAAGAAAAUUCCAUCGAAAGUAAUUAGAAAUAAUUAAUAGCUAAUAUUAAUAGUAAAAUAAAAAUACUAAUUAAUAAAAUAGUAAUUAAAUAAAACUUAUAGUAAUUGAUAGAAUAAAAUUAAGCAAGUAAUAAAAAUAAAAAUAAUAAUAAUUAAAGUACCUAAAUAUUUAAAAGAAAUGUCUAUUUUGAAAUUCUCGAAAUUCGGGACCAUUUCAAGUCCAAAUUGAAAGUUUUUAAUCACGUUACGUUUGUCAAAAAAAAAAAAACAAUCGUUUCGAUGGAAUUAUCUUGAAUUUUGCAAAAAAAAGCAACUGAAGGAAAUUUUGGGUGAUCUUUUUUUUUGAAAAUACUAGCUUUGUUUUUGUUCUUUCUAAUUGUUCGAUAGCUAAGCUCGAACUCUUCCACAAGUUUGUCUUCUCAAGAGUAUAUAAUUAUAAAUGUGUGUAACACGUGUUAAAAAAAAAUUUUUUUUGUGACAAGAGUGCAAUUGCUUAUGCGACAUUCAGUUAUUUUUCAUUUCAAUUUGAAAUUUAAUUUUCAAAUUGUUUAAGAAAACUUUAAAAAUUAAUUACAAAAAUAAUUCUAAUUCAAACGCAGUAAAAUUUAACAAAAAAAAAAAAAAAAAA